ACUUACGGCGAGGGUUCCGGUGCUGACUGUAGACGCCAUGUCCAAAAAUUAAAUCUGCUACAGGGACAGAUUUCAGAGAUGUCACUCAGAAAUGCAAGUACCUAGAAUUACCAAAACAAUUCUGAUAAGAACAAAGCUGGAGGAUUUCUACUGCCUACUUUCAAGGUCUACUACGAUGCUGCAGUGACUGAGUGCAAUAUCUGUAUGUGGACAUACAGAAGGUUAAUGGAUAAACACAUUGAGGUAUGUUCAUGCAGUGGCAUGCUACAACAGAAACAACAUGGGCAAAUCUCAAAAACAUUGCUAAGUGAGAGAAGCCAGACACAAAAGACUACCUGCUGUAUGGAUCAGUGUGGUUUUCUAGGGGAGAGAAUUGCCUGCCAAGACAGGUAUGAGAACUUUUGGGGGUGAUGAGAAUUUUCCAUAUCUUGUCCAUUAUAUCUCAAUGAAAAAUGUUUUUGCUAUAUCUUGAUUGGGGUGAUAGUUUCAAAGAUCUAAUUUAUCAAAGCUCAUCUAUACACUUGAGUUUUAGUGUAUGUUAUACCUCAAGUUAAUUUUUAAGGUUAAAAAAAAUUAAAUGACCCUUAGAUGAUGACAACAACAUAAUGAAAUUAGGGAACACGGAAGACAAAGGGGAGAGCUGAAGAGUAGGUGGAGAGAAGAGAGAUGUCCUACAAAGGAACAUCAGACACCGGACAUGUCAGUGGUAACGUCAGAAACAAGAACACAGAAUGGUAUCCUCAGACUGUUGAGAGAUGUCCCUUAUUGAUGGAGUUGAGUUCCUGAAUCAGAAAGGUGAGCAGACUUCUAGCCAGUGGCUGCUAGGUCACUGCUCUGGUGAACACUGGAUUAUCAGCCAUGUGGCAGGGUAGGUGUUUCACAUGCAUGAUCUCAUUUCCUCAUCAUAAUCACCCUGUGAGGAUUAUUGGCUUCUGCGUACGGAUGAAGAGAAUCAAGUACAGACACCCACAUUUGGCAGAGUUGGCAGUUCGCAUAGCUCACCAGGGAGAGUGCCCUCCUGACUGUGUGAUGUAACCACCCUGUGUGAUGUGGGUGGGGCUGGCCUUGUGCUAACCUCCAGCCCUUGCAUGGUAAGUAUUUACCCGCCCCUCAGUCCCAUUAGAGACCACAGAGGCUCUGGCUCCCCACUCUUCUUUAUGUGGUGGAAGAGCCCUGUUCCUCUUCCCUGUGCUGUUCCCUCCCUGUGACACACACAGUGCCUCUCCUGUCUUGUAAGGGUUGAGGUAUGACUAGAAAGACUUAUAUAACCCUAUGCAGUGGAGACAUCUCCAUUGCUGAUGGGAGGGACUCUGUGCUACAGGAGUUCAGCUGACAUUACUCUCUGUGUUCCAGGCCCUCAGCCAGGCAUGUGCACACACUUUGUCACAUUUGUCUUCACAGUCACCCAUGCAGUAUUGUCUUCAUUUGUGGAUGAGGGAAGUGGGGUAAAAUGAUGAACCCAAAGUCACACUGUGACAGUGACCGCCAGUCAUUGGCAAAGCCAGGAUGCAAACUCUGGUCUCUCCAGCUUUAGAGUCUGCCCUGUGUCACCUUUCCUGUUGUUGGUGCCUCUGCCCAGUCCUCCUGAACCAGAUCAGAACAACAGAAAUAAAAUCCUAAGAUCCCCUAGAACAGCCUUUGAUGGCCGUUGUCAAGUAUUUAUGUCCUGCUGUUCUCCUCUCCUUGCCCUUCGUCUUCCUGGUCAUUUUACUAAGGACGCAUGUACAAUCUUUCACUAAGGUCUCUGGAAGAACCUGUAAAUAUUGACGAAGAGGACAAUGCAGAGCCUCAGCAGGCUGAGCAUGUGAGUUCACGGUCCUCAGAGAACCGCUGGCUGAAGUAUCUGGAAGGAGACUCAGAAGAACAGGGGAUGGAAGGAGGAGGAGUGUGUUUCAAGACACAGCCCUUGUCCAGGACAGAGAAGACGGACCCUCCCUUCAACACAGGCCUGCCUAGAAAAAGGAAAUGGAUCCAGAGCACAGACCAUCCUCCACACAGCCCUGAUGUCUGGAACCCGAGUGACUCUGAGAUUCCCUUGGAGCCUCAGAAGGACCACACUGGCUUGAUGGGGAAGGUCAAAGACAAAAGCAGUCACAAGGACCGGGGCACCAGGGAGCUUUUUGUUCCUCAGGGGGAUCCUCCACAACCUGCCCACCAUGUCAGGACCAUGCCUUCCAAGUGGGGACGAUUCCUUCAGCCGCCUGGAAACAGCCAAUGUGUGGACAUGGAGCCCCCAGUUCCUUUGAAUAGAGACCCUAGGCCAGCCAAGGUGGCACUGACUGAGCAGGGGCCCCUUAGGGCCCAGACCCCAAGGGAGGGGUACGUCAGCAGGCCCCAUGAUGCACCUGAGCUUCUCUGGCUCACACCCGGCUCCCAGAGGCCCUGCGUAAAGACCACCAAACAGCCAUGGGACACCAAUCCUCUGGCAAAGGGUGGGUCCUUAGCCACAGGGGCACAAGAGCCCCCACUUGUGCAACUAUGUGACCUCUUUAAAACUGGGGAGGACUUUGAGGACCACUUAUGAACUGAAACUAGAAUUUUACUAACAGACAUAUUUGUUGUAUGAGCAAAUUAGACCUCUUGGCCACUGGAAAGGGGGCUCCCCAAGUAGCUUUUAAAUGGUUCCCAUAAAUAGGGGUGCCUGGCUGGCUCAGUUGGAAGAGUGUGUGACUUGAACUCAUCCUGAGAUAAAGUCUCACAUUGGGUGUAGAUUUUUUUUUUUUUUUUUUUUUUAAAAGUUCCCAUAAGUGAUCCCCAGUCCAGUCAAGAAA